AUGCCGCCUCGUCGCCGUGCAGCUGCCAAUGCGCAGUCCCGUAUUACCUUCGGCUCCCAGUCCCGGGUGACCAAGCCGUCGAACACCCCAACCACUCUACACAAGGGGAAGAAUCUUGAUUCCACAGCCCUACAGAAGGCCGAUCAAUCCGCAUCUGCCACCCCUGAGCCCGAACAUGUUGUGGUCCCCGAGCCAUCGAAACCCCUUGUCACCGAAUUGGCAGUUCGCCAGCCUGAGCCCAAGCAGAUUCAAACAGCCGAAGAGAAACAGGCUUUGCAGGUAUCCUUGAAAGACCUGCGGAAAUACUGGAAAGACAAAAAUAGCGAUGAGCCACCCCGAUGGCACCAAGGAGGUGUGAACCUUGAGGAGAAGAUUCUCCGGAACUUCGAUAUGUCUAGUCAAUAUGGGCCAUGUAUCGGUAUGGAUCGGACCCAGCGAUGGCGCCGUGCGCACAGGUUAGGCCUGAACCCGCCGAUCGAGGUUUUAACCGUCCUCUUGAAGGGUGAAGAUAUAACCGAGACUUCCCAUAUGGAGGCGUUGAUCUCUCGGUGA